CCUCUGUAUUCUGUGAAUUGGUAUUUGAUAUUAUACACAUAGUUUUAUGAGCAUACAAAAUCCCAGAUGAGAGAAAUGCUCAUGUAAUGAUCUGUAUACUAUGAGGAUUCAAAAAGUGCUUUUCUGUUGCCAAAAUUCACCUGUUGGACUUGUGAAGGAAUUCCUCUUGGAUGAUGUCCACUGUAGAUCGUAUCCAGGGCUAACGUCAGGGCCCAGCUGCACCGUUCCCCACAGGACUUAAGGCUUCCUUUCAAACUGGCUCAUUGCUGUGGCAGAGCACUCUCAACCGUGGUCACCUCAAGGACGUGGGUAGUAUGUUUGAAUUAGUUUUUUUGUGUAUAUUUUAGUUCUGUAAACCGCCAUUCCCAGUUAGACUUGCUUUUAGCAUAUCAUUUUUCACUGCCAUCUAUUAUUUAUUACCUGAGCUCAUGAAGGGAGGCAGUGUUGUGAAUUGCACACGGGUACCUGGUGAGAACAUGCUUUCUAGUUCUAACCUGCGUAAUUGGAUUUAACAUCCAACAAGGCUUCAUUUAGGGGUCUGAUUUUCUUCUUCAGAAAAUGGGUUCGUUGCCUGAGGGUCGCAGUCGAUGACGUCUUGAAUUUAAUAUGUUUGCCGCUGCUACCAAGAGCUUUGUUAAGCAAGUUGGAGAUGGAGGGAGAUUAGUGCCUGUUCCAAGCCUCAGUGAAGCUGACAAAUACCAACCCCUGAGUCUGGUGGUCAAAAAGAAGCGCUGUUUUCUGUUUCCUAGAUACAAAUUUACCUCAACACCUUUUACACUUAAAGAUAUUCUCCUAGGAGACAGAGACAUUUCAGCUGGUAUUUCAUCUUAUCAGUUACUGAAUUAUGAAGAUGAGUCAGAUGUUUCCCUCUAUGGAAGGCGAACCAACCAUAUUGUGAAUGAUGUUGGGAUUAAUGUUACGGGAUCUGAUUCCAUCGCGGUCAAAGCUUCAUUUGGUGUGGUAACCAAACAUGAAGUGGAAGUCUCAACAUUACUCAAGGAAAUUACUGCACGAAAAAUUAACUUUGACCACAGUUUGAUCCGCCAAUCAAGGAGCAGCAGGAAGGCUGUGCUGUGCGUGGUCAUGGAGAGCAUCAGAACCACACGACAGUGCUCCCUGUCUGUGCAUGCUGGGAUUCGAGGGGAAGCCAUGCGGUUUCAUUUUAUGGAUGAACAGAAUCCCAAAGGAAGGGAAAAAGCUAUUGUUUUCCCAGCACACACGACUAUAGCUUUCAGUGUUUUCGAGCUCUUCAUUUACCUGGAUGGUGCCUUUGACCUUUGUGUCACGUCAGUGUCAAAAGGAGGAUUCGAAAGGGAAGAAACGACAACCUUUGCCAUGUUCUACAGACUGAGAAAUAUACUCUUUGAAAGAAAUAGGAGAGUGAUGGAUGCCAUCUCUCGUUCCCAGCUUUACCUGGAUGAUCUCUUUUCUGACUACUACGACAAACCUCUCAGCAUGACGGACAUUUCACUCAAAGAGGGGACUCACAUCCGAGUGAACUUACUAAACCACAACAUUCCUAAAGGGCCCUGCAUUCUCUGUGGAAUGGGGAACUUGAAGAGGGAGACUGUUUAUGGGUGCUUUCAGUGUUCGGUGGAUGGGGUGAAGUACGUGAGGCUCCACGCAGUCCCCUGUUUUGAUAUUUGGCACAAAAGAAUGAAAUAA